AGAGAAUCCAUUCUCUAUUCCUUCACUCACGUUAAAGAAAGAGAAUAGAGGGGGAAAAACAAUACAAGAACCAUGGCCAAGCUCCAAUCUCUCUCUGUAAUUGCUCUACUAUGCUUCAUCUCAGCCGUUGCUGUUGUUGUCCACGCCCACACCCGGGAGGAAUUCACCGUCGAGGGCAGAGUCUAUUGUGAUACUUGCCGUGCAGGAUUCGUGACCACCGUAACCGAAUUUGUUCCAGAUGCUAAGGUGAAGAUCGAGUGCCAUAACAGGACGACAAAUAAGCUGACUUUGGAGAGGGAAGGAGUCACCGAUGCAAGUGGGACAUACAGAAUAAUGGUCCCGAAUGACCACGAAGACGAUAUCUGUGAAGUGGUACUAGUGAGCAGCCCGAUGGAAGGGUGCAAAGAGGCAAAGAAACCGAUUAACCGGGCCCGAAUCCUGCUAACCAACAACAAUGGCAUCUCCUCCGAGAUCCGAUACGCCAACCCUUUGGGCUUCCUGAAGGACAAGCCACUCCCCUGUUGCGCCGAAUUGCUCGUGAAAUACAUCAUGUCGGAUGAAGCGACGUUUUAAUGCAUGUGCGAACUGGGCCCCACUUCCAUCAUGAUCUGGUCGUGUGUGUAGCUAAGAGACUCAUGCAUGGAUGAACUCCAUCUCUUAUAUAUUCUAUGAAUGAUUUUUUCAUUUUAUUUGAUUAUGUGUUAAGUAUAGCCAUUUAUUCAUUAAUUGGCUAUUUUUUAUGUUAUUAGCAAAAUGCAUGUGGAAAUGUUUAUUCGUUGAUCAGAAAUUUAAAUAUAUUAGCUAAUGAAAUGAAAAAUAAAAUACUUCAAACCA